UUAAACUUCCUGUUUUGUAUCAUGGCUGUUUUGGUAAUGAUUAUUUUCUUUUGUCCUUUUUGUCAAGGAGGCUGGGACGCGUUUUCGCAUUGGGAUGUUUUUGGAGGUUCAGCUGAAGUUGGCAAUAACUUUAUCCAGCUUUGGUGUUAUUGCUACAUGAAAACGGAUCUUGUAAAUCAUAGAGAGAUUGCCCCUGUAAUGUUUGCUCAGAUUCGACAAAACAAAAGUUCAACAUGGAGAGAUAUUGGCAGGGUGAAUAAAACAGGAUUCUAUAAGCUCAGUACAGAUCAGAUAGUAGGGAAUUAUACCAUUUCUGACGGAGCUUGUGAAAAUUCAACUUCAUAUUACUAUUACUGCAGAAUGCAUAUUAUUGCAAAAUUUGAAAUAAGUGGAUGCUCUGUCGAUCCAAAUCUUUAUUCUGUCUUCCGGUGUCAAUUUUCUAACGGAAGUGGGAUUAUAACAAGCCACGAAAAAGAUUUAUUGAAAGAUGAUGACAUUACAUUUCGUCGGGGAAAUAUCAAGAUUCAAACAAAUAGCCAGAAUUCUUUUCGUGUGGGAGAUGUUGUGGAGCUAGAGUUUAAUGGUGACGUUGAAGGGAUAAUUAGCUUAACAGAGAGUGUAAAGUGGUGCAAGAGAACAGAGGGAGAAUUUCGUCCGAUCAGCUUACAGGAUGCACCUAUGAUCACUUUAGUACCUAUCGGCGGAAUAUAUUGCUCUCAAAUUUCUCGAAUUUUUUAUCACAUUGCACAAAAUGACACUGACCUUGAAAUCAUGUGUGAUUUGGAUUUUUGGUUAAAAAACAAAAAUAGAUGCGCCGGGGGAUAUAAUUCUCCAAAACUCAUGAUAAAUACAAGCAUUGAAGAUAAUGAAUGGAGAAUAUCACAGAUUAUAAUAUACGACAAAUUUGGUGUCAUCAAUCCUAACAAUUUCAGCAUAGAGGGAACUGGUAGGACGAUUCAUCUACUGUGUGUGGCUUCUGCUUUAUCGACUACAAAAGCGCCGGUGAUGAACUGGUGUGUCAGAAAGAAGGACCAUGUCACCUGGAGCAAAAUUGUUCUUCAAGAAGAAGAAAUAAAAGCUUUUGGGAAUAAUUCCGUGGAAGCUCUGAAAUUCAGCAGGAUAACUUACCAUAUCACACAAUAUGACAAAGUAGUUCAGUUCCUCUGUGAAAUUUCUGCAUCAUCUUUGAACUCGUGUGGUUCUGGAUUAAAUUUGGUAAACGUUACAAUUUCGAAAAACGAAGACAAAAUUCAAGAAAGAAUAGAUAUUACUGAAACGCAAGAGCCUAUAAUCACUAGUACCACAGUAUUGCCGCUGGAAUCAACUGAACAUCAAGGCAGAACAUAUAUUACUGAAACGCAAGAUCCUAAAAUCACUAGUACCACAGUAUUGCCGCUGGAAUCAACUGAACAUCAGGGCAUCAGUACUGUGUCAGUUUUGGCUGCCUUGUCAGUACUUUUGUUUGUCCUACUUACAGUAAUAGUUCUGUUAGUGAUUACAGCGUGCCGAAGAGGAAAAUUUACAUUCCUCGGUUUUAUAAUUAAGAUUAAACGAGAAAAAAAGGACACCGGAGAUGAAAAGGGGAAUGAAAAUAAAACAGAUAUUUCACUUCAAAAAGAAAGGAGGAAAAACAAAGACAGUUCAAAAAUUAAUAUUGGUUUUGAAAGACAAAGUAUUUACGAAAAUGAGGAUUUGAAGAAUGAAAAUGAUGCUUCGACUGUAAAAACAGAUAACGAAUCGUCUAAAUAUGAAGAGCUGAAAAUAAGAGAUAAUCAACAGGAGUAUGAGGAACUGAAUUUAUAGUAAAAAAAAUUGCAUCAAUUGCAAGAUGAUUCAUUGAUUGAUUGUUUGUUGUCAAACAAGAUGAAGGACAUUGACAAAUACGGUUAUGAUAA